AUGCCUCACGCGGCUUGCUAUACACUUCUUGGUAAUCUUAUCACCCUGGAAGAGGAUUCUACCAAGUCCAACGACCCUGAGAAAUACGAAGAGCAAGUCUAUUUCGCCAAAGACCAUGGAGGUAGUAUUGCAGAGGGCAAUGACUUUGAUUGGGGAUUUAUUAUCGACUUCCCUGAUGAUUCUGUUGCCGUAUCUACGAUCAUGGAAAAUAAGACUUUCAAAACAAUUGAGGAUGGACAAGGUGAAGUUACGACCCAAGCAGAUUAG